UUCUUCCCUCUUAGAGUUUUCUCUGUAAUUAUGUUUGCGACAAUGCAUGUUGGACGGUCAUCAUCUUCUGCACCAGAUUUUGCUAAAGCUAAAGUAUCAGCCCAGAGAAUUUUUUCUCUACUAGAGAAGAAGCCAAAGAUUGACAUAUAUAGUACUGAAGGUCUAAAACUGAAUCAUUUUGAUGGCAACAUUGAAUUCCAAGAUGUCCACUUUGCUUACCCUACUAGAAAAAAAGUGCAGGUGCUGCAAGGGCUUAAUGUGAAGGUUUCCAAAGGACAAACACUUGCACUGGUGGGAAGUAGUGGAUGUGGGAAAAGCACUACUGUUCAGCUUCUUGAAAGAUUUUAUGAUCCAAUUAAUGGACACGUGCUUGUAGAUGGAAAUGACAUUACAUCUUUGAACCUUGUCUGGUUACGAUCACAAAUAGGCAUAGUUUCCCAAGAACCCAUUCUGUUUGAUACAUCUAUUGCUGAAAAUAUUAGGUACGGAGAUAACAGUAGAAGCGUGACACAAGAAGAAAUUGAAGAAGCUGCAAAGAAAGCUAAUAUCCACAAUUUUAUUGAAGAUUUACCACAGAAAUACGGUACCAAAGUGGGAGACAAAGGAGCACAACUUUCAGGAGGACAGAAGCAGAGAAUUGCGAUUGCACGUGCCUUGCUUCGAAAUCCAAAGGUGCUGCUUUUGGAUGAGGCCACAUCAGCACUUGACACUGAAAGCGAGAAGAUUGUCCAGGUGGCCUUGGAUGAAGCCAGGCAAGGGCGCACUUGCAUAAUUAUUGCACAUCGCUUAUCGACAAUUCAAAAUGCUGACAUCAUUGCAGUAAUCAGUAAUGGAGAAGUAGUUGAGCAGGGAACUCAUAGUGAACUGAUUGCUAAAGGUGGUGCUUACUAUGCACUUGCUAAUGCUCAAAGUGGACAUUAGUAUCAGUGUGGACUGCUGUUAAAAGACUCUGGCAAAGAUGAUGUUUUUGAUCAAGUCAAGAUGAAAUAUUCUUCUUGCUCUGCUGGCUGCACUUUUAAUUUCCCCAGAAUCAAGAAAAGACUGUUGCAUAAGAUAAAUUAGCAGUUAGCCUUGUCAAUUUGGUAAAGAUCUUCAGUAUAAAAAUGUGUAUUAUAAGAGCAAAUUACCACUUAAUAUGUUGCCAAUAUAGAUUACUCUCAGCCAUCUCAGGUAAAAAAUAAGAGUUCAAUAUAGAUUUUGCUGAUUGUAAUUAAUAUUUCUUAGUCACUCUUUCUUUACACUGCUGUAUUCUCACAUCUGUAAGUGGCCAAACUAAACCUGUUAUUUGAAAGAACAUUCUACUGGUGGCAGUGUAACUGGUAGUCACAAGAGCACAAAAAAGUUUGAAGUCUGAUACAGUAAAGCUCAGUGUUACUACGUUGUUUGAAGUGGUCGGGUCCUUUUAAACAAUGUUUCUUCAAAAUCACUGCAAAGAUUUAAAAAAAGCAGUGAGUAUGCUUAUUAUUUGAAUUAAAUAUCAGAUACACUGUAAAAUGUGGUCAGAUAGUAUUGACUAGAGGUUAGCAGAAUCAUACAUGAUUACCUAAAUCAAGCCAUUCCUUUAAGAAACACCAUGGUAUUUUUAUAAUGAACCUGUUGAAAGUUGCUGCAUUGAACUUGUGAAGAAGAACCACCAUAUGAUAUUCAGAAAAUGUUCAAAUGUCAGUCACCUUUAUAGAAUGCUUUUACAAAACUAAAACCAAAGUAGCUCAUUUGCAGCAGUUCUAUAUUCUUGCCAAAGAUCCUGAAAAGUGUGCAUGAGCCAUUCCUCGGUCUUUAUGUAAACGCACUAAUAUGUCUGUGUUACAUGUAAUAUUAGAAUUCUUUAAUGUAUUUAACAAUUUUAUGUUAAAAUACUUUUAAUUAAUAAUGUUACAUCUGAAAUUGUCUUUUUAUUAAAUAAUGAUUUAUCAUUCACCAAAUAUCCUCAUAAAAAUUAAUUGAAAUAGGACUUACUUUAAAUAAAUACAGUGUAAAAAAAAUGUUGCAAAUAUGUGGAUUUUUGCAUAUGGUCAGAUAUACCAAUUGAAUAUUAACAUGGUAAAAAAA